AUGCAAAGAGUGCGAGUUUCAUCAACCCAAGCUCCAGUGCACAAGCUUGGGGAUUCCCAAAUGACAUUAUCCCCGAAAUUUAGGGUAGCUGCAACAAAUUCCUCUUUGCUAGAUCCUUUGCUAGAAUUGAGACUAUCUCUCAAGGGAGAGCCUUUAAUUCCAGGACUUCCAGAUGAUGUCGCCCUCCAGUGCCUCCUUCGGCUACCAGUCAAUGACCAUUCAGUCUUCAGGCUUGUCUGUAAGCGUUGGUAUUCCCUGUUUGGUAGCAAAGGACAGUUUUUUUCCCGGAGAAAGGAGCUCGGGUUUCAUGAUCCUUGGCUAUUUGUUUUCGCCUUCCAUAAAUGUACUGGAAAAAUUGAAUGGAAAGUUCUUGACCUCACUCAGUUCUCUUGGCACACAAUCCCUGCUAUGCCUUGUAAAGAUAAGGUCUGUCCACAUGGGUUCGGGUUUGUUUCCAUACCCCAUGAGGGUGUUCUCUUUGUUUGUGGUGGUGUAGAAUCUGAUGUGGAUGGCUCCCUUGAUUUAGUAUUGAAAUACGAAAUGUAUACAAACCGUUGGAUGGUGAUGAAAAAGAUGAGCACAGCAAGGUCGUUUUUUGCCAGUGGGGUGAUCGAUGGAAUGAUAUAUGUGGCUGGAGGGAACAGCUCAGAACUGUUUGAGCUUAACUCAGCUGAAGUCCUGGAUCCUAAUAGAGGUACAUGGAGUCCUGUUGCGAACAUGGGAACUAACAUGGCGACAUAUGAUACUGCAGUUCUUAAUGGGAAGCUUCUCAUGACAGAAGGGUGGUUUUGGCCCUUCUAUGUUGUACCUCGGGGUCAGGUCUAUGACCCGAUAACUGAUAACUGGGAGAAUAUGGCUACUGGUCUACGAGAAGGCUGGACGGGUUCAAGUGUCGUGAUUUUGGGGCAUUUGUUUGUGGUCUCCGAGCACGAGAGGACAAAAUUGAAAGUCUAUGAUGCGAAGACUGAUUCUUGGGAUGCUGUAGACGGACCUCCUAUACCUGAGCAGAUAUGCAAGCCUUUCUGUGUUAACAGCUGUGAUCGCAUGAUCUAUGUUGUCGGUCAGAACCUACACAUUGCUGUGGGCCAUAUAACAAGAAUGUUCUCUAGACACACUUUAGAAAGAAAGUCCCGCUUCUCUGUUCAAUGGGAAGUAGUUGAGGCACCCGAUACACUCUCUGACUUGAUGCCAUCACGCUCUCAGGUUCUGUUUGCUUAG